UGGAAAAACAAAUCCGUCCAGCUUUCUCGUGACCUGGUGUGAGGUUCAUUUCGUGAGGAGAAUAGGAACACAACAUGGGGCUCACAUGAUCUCAAUUUAAGGCAUCCUCGUCGAAAUUUGAUCCCUAUGAGCACCUAAAAGUGGUGCUCAACGAUGACGGAACCCUCACCCGGCUUGUAUCCCUCCCCAGAACUCCGGCGACCGGAGAAUCUGCUACCGGCCACGCAGUGCUCAGCAAAGACGUAACCCUAGACGCGCAGAAGAAGACGUGGAUGAGAAUCUACCGGCCGGCUCAGAUCGCGGCCAGCGCGAAGCUCCCGAUGAUAAUAUACUUUCGGAACGGCAGCUGGAUCGGCUUCAGCGUGGCGGUUUCGAUCCUCCACGAGAAUUGCAACAAACUCUCGGCGCAGGUGCCGGCGAUCGUCGUCGCGGUGGAUUACCGCAACGCGCCGGAGAAUCGGCUGCCGGCGCAGUACGAGGACGCGAUGGACGCCGUGAAUUGGGUGAAUAAUCAAAAUCAAGGCGGCGGCGACGCGUGGCUCAAAAACUACGGAGAUUUCUCUAGGUGUUACCUGUACGGCACGAGCUGCGGCGCGAAUAUCGCGUAUAACGCGGCGCUGCGAUCGCUGGAUCAGAAACUGGACGGGAUGAGCAUCGCAGGCGUGAUUCUGAAUCAACCGUUAUUUAGCGGGAAAAAGCGCACCAGAUCUGAGCUGAAGAUGGCGACGGACCAGUACUUUCCGUUGCCGGUAAUCGACGUUCUGUGGGAGCUAGCGCUGCCGCCGGGGACAGAUCGCGAUCACCGAUACUGUAACCCUAUGAAAGAUGAACCAAGCAAGGCGAAAUUGGCGAAAUUGGGGAAAUUUCUGGUGAUCGGAUUCGGAGGCGAUACUCUGAUCGAUAGACAGCAAGAUUUUGUGCAGAUGCUGGUGAUGAAUGGAGCGAAAGUGGAAGCUCGGUUCGACGACGUCGGAUUCCAUGGCAUCGAAAUGAUCGAUCCUCGCAGGGCUGCCGCCAUUGCUAGUUUCGUCAAAGAAUUCGUUUGAUUUUCUUUUGUUUUGUUUAAUUUGUUGUUGAUACUAUGUUGUUGCAUGUAGUCAUUUCAAUUCCCCCAUGCAUCAUUUUUAUUUUUAUUUUUUACAUUAAAUUAAAGACGCCUAUACUCAAUAGCAUGCUGUGAUUU